AGGACUUCCCAGUGACUUGCAAGACUGCAUUUAGCACACAACAAGUCUAAGUUUCGGAGUGCGCGAGAGGAGGAGGAAAAGAAGAAGAAGAAGAAGAAGCAAGUUUCUGGAGCCCACGCGACUCGGUACUGUAUGUAACCAAAACGAGGUCGAAGAGGAUCGGAUUUGUGUUUUUCUUUCUUUUUUUUUUUUUUUUUUUUUCUUUUCUUUUUUUUUUUUUUUUGUUACCUGUUGAUGAAGUCCCACCGGGUGUGGGACGCAGAGGCGCAGUCUGGUUUCUCCACAGGGAAGAAAAGUGUGCAAAAGGUGCAGGCUACACACCGCUCCAGUGGCCAGGAGGAGUGAAGGACCUCGGGUUUUUCAUUUUCCCCAGCAUUAACAGCCUGUGCUGGGUUGGUGGAAAAUGGGCACUCCGACCUCUUCGAUCUAUGGACUUACCCUCUCCUUGAUCCUCACAUGCCAUCUGCUUACUGUGACUCAGGCCUCCAAGGUGUGGGGAGAAGUCCCUUUGCCAGAAGAUUUGGAGGCAGAGAAAAGUAUCCAGGCGUCUCAGAGUUUACUGGAUGAUGAUGAAGACUUUGCUGCUGAUGAAGCUUCAGGAGAUCUGCCCAGUGGGGAGGAUGAUGGAAGCACGCCGUGGCCUCCAGCAGUCUCAACACCGUGGUUGGACUCUUCACAUAUGGGGAGCAUACAGAGCCCAAAUGAACAAAGCUACAUAUAUUACAGAGCUCUCGUCAACUUCACGGAUUCCCUCGUCUACACCCCCGAUUUUGAGAACAUCUUCUCUGCUGCCUUCAUUGAAGUCUCUGACGCAGUGGUUGACACACUUGAGUCAGAGUACAACAGGAUUCCAGGUGUCCAGACAGUCAGCGUUGUCCUCAUUAAGAAGGAGAUAAGAGAUGAUGGUGUGGAUGUAUUUGUGGAGUUGGAUGUGGGUUCUGACUACAACAGUAAUGAUGAACAGAUCCGCAGCGUUCUAUAUAAUGUGGUCAAAGAAGGAGCCAUUGCUUCCUACGUCACAUCUGUCCAAGGCUUUCAGUUCAGACGGCUCGGGGAAGCUCAGCCUGUGCCUUCAGUGGAACCUAUAGCAAUGCCAGUAACCCCCAGCAUCAGACCCUGCAUGCCAGAUGAGCACAGGUGUGAUGACGGAACAUGUAUCCUGAUGGAAUAUCUGUGUGACAACCGACCAGACUGCAGAGACAUGAGUGAUGAGCUCAAUUGUGAUAUAAAACCACCCACUCCUUCUGUCACCCCAACUGCUCCUACUACAACCACCACUGCCAGGAAGACUUCCAUCUUCCCAGGACCCUGCAGAGCUGACCAAGCCACAUGCCAGAGUGGAGAGUGUAUCCCCCGAGACUAUGUGUGUGAUGGUCAGAGGGACUGUUCGGAUGGAAGUGAUGAGUUCAGAUGUGGUACGCCAUCUCCCUGUGAACCCAAUGAGUUCAAGUGUAAAAAUGGUCGCUGUGCCCUUAAGCUCUGGCGUUGCGAUGGAGACAACGACUGCGAGGACAACUCAGAUGAAAUAGACUGUCCCACCAAGGGUCCUGGUGACAGGUGCGCUCCCGAGCAGUUUGAAUGCCUGAGCGAUCGCACCUGCAUCCCUGCUAGUUACCAGUGUGAUGAAGAGCCAGACUGCCCUGACCGCUCUGAUGAGUACGGCUGCACUCCUCCCUCGGUGACUAGCCCUCCGGAGGAGUCCAUUCAGACAACACGGGGGUCGACGGUGAUGUUCACCUGUCAGGCAGUUGGAGUUCCUACCCCCAUCAUCACCUGGAGACUUAACUGGGGGCACAUUCCAGUCAGUUCCAGGAUCUCCAUGACCAGUGAGAACGGUCGUGGAACUCUAACUAUUCGAGAUGUAAAGGAAACAGACCAGGGAGCCUACACGUGUGAGGCCAUUAACGCUAAAGGCCUAGUCUUCGGUAUUCCUGACGGAGUGCUGACUCUGACAUCAAACCCAAGUCCAGGAAACUGCCCUGAUGGCCACUUCAGCGUGGAAGGUCGCUGCAUGCCCUGCUUCUGUGCUGGAAUUGUCAAGAACUGCAAAGCUACUGGCCGCUACCGCAACCAAAUUGGCCUUCGUUUUACUGAGGAGGAGGACUACAAAGGUGUAAAUGUCUCCUUCCCGUCGAGGCCAGGUACUCCCCCUCUCUCCUCUACUCAGCUCCUCAUUAACCCUGAGAUGGAGGAGUUCCAGCUUGUCGACCUGUCACGACGUUUUCUCAACCUUGACUCCUUCUGGACCUUGCCUCGCCAGUUCUUGGGCAACAAGAUUGAUUCGUACGGAGGGUCACUCAAGUACAAAGUGCGGUACACACUCGCCCGUGGUCUUUCCGAGGCUGUGGAGAAGCCAGAUGUAAUAAUUGUUGGAAAUGGGCGCAGGCUUGUGUACCGAAGGGGAAGCGGCACUCCAGCCCGAGUGGUCAACCAGAAAGAGAUCAAGUUCACUGAAGAAAACUGGCAGCACUCCAAUGGCAGAUCUGUAACCCGGGAGGACUUGAUGAUGACCCUGGCCAACUUGGACAGCAUCAGUAUCCGCACGAUCUAUGACAACCACAUGGUCAGCGUGGCCCUUAGUGAUAUUGUUAUGGAUACCACCUCAGUAGAGUUCAGCACUCUGGGUCAUGCCAAAGACGUUGAAGAGUGCAGAUGUCCUCCUGGAUACAGUGGCCUGUCCUGUGAGAUGUGUUCCUCUGGGUUUGAGCGUGUAACUGGUGGCCUCUAUCUUGGCACCUGUGCAGGUUGCAACUGUAAUGGACACGCUAGCGCCUGUGAUCCAAUUAGCGGACACUGUCUGAGCUGCCAACACAACACAGAGGGCCCACAGUGUGAUAAGUGUCGACCAGGCUUCUUCGGUGACCCGACCAGAGGUCGCCCCGAUGACUGCAAGCCGUGCCCCUGCCCAUACUAUGAGACCUCACGUCGAUUCUCCGACACAUGCUUCCUGGAUGUUGACCAGCAGGCAACAUGCGAUGCCUGCAGACCUGGCUACACAGGAAGACGCUGUGAAAAGUGUGCUCCUGGUUACCAGGGUAAUCCCCUUCAGCCUAAUGGAAAAUGUGUUCCUAACUCAACGUCCUCCAAGUGUGAUAACAGAGGAACCAUCAGCUCCAGCAGUAGACCAUGCAGCUGCAAGAACAACGUUGCAGGCGCUCUGUGUGAUGAAUGUAAACCAGGGUUCUUCCACCUAUCAGAGGCCAAUCCUGAAGGCUGUCUGCAGUGUUUCUGUAUGGGCGUCACCAAACAGUGUGCCAGCUCCACUUGGAAUAGAGAUCAAGUGCGGGGAGGAGUGAACGGGCAGCUCUUCACCCUCUCCAACAGUGCCAACACUAAGACUAUUUCUGAAGGCAUCACUCAAAGAGGCGUCUCUGAAGUUGUCUACCGCUCCUUCUCCAGUGUCCCCAAUGAUAUUUACUACUGGGUCCUUCCCGAGAGCUUCAGAGGAGAUAAGGUGACAGCUUAUGGUGGAGAGCUUAGCUACACAGUGCGUUUUGAGCCACGGCAGCGUUCACUGGUGAUUGAUGGUCAGCCAGAUGUGGUUCUCCAGGGUAAUGGCAUCUUUUUGGAGCACAACUCUCAGACCAAGCCCCUCCCACGUGUUUCUCAAACCAUCACAGUGACCUUCAGAGAGUCUUCAUGGCGACGUGCUGACGGGCAGCCAUGUACACGUGAGCACCUCCUGAUGGCUUUGGCUGAUGUUACUGUCUUCAUGAUCAGGGCCACCUAUGCAGACAACAUGGCUGAGAGCAGUAUCUCAGAUAUCAGAAUGGACAUUGCUGUUCCUCACUCCACUGGUAAUGAGCGAGCUCUGGAGGUGGAGGAGUGUGCCUGCCCUCAGGGGUACAAAGGACCCUCUUGUCAGGAGUGUAUUGAAGGAUAUAGUCGAACCACUUCUGGUCUUUACCUGGGCACUUGUGAGAGGUGUGACUGUAACGGUCACGCUAGCAGCUGCAAUCCUGAGACUGGCGCAUGUCUGCAAUGUCUCCAUAACACUGCCGGGCCAAGGUGUGAUCGUUGUCAGACUGGUUACUAUGGAAACCCCGUUACGGGUGGUGCUCAGGCCUGCCAAUCCUGCCCUUGUCCUGGAACUGCAUCCAAUAACCAAUUUUCCUCGACCUGUUACCUGGACUCUGAUGGUCAACCCACUUGUGACAACUGCCCUCCUGGAUACACUGGCCGACGUUGUGAGAGAUGUGCUCCAGGAUACAUUGGCAACCCACUGCUUGGACAGAGAUGCACUCCUGACAAUACAGUCAAUGGCAACUGUUACAACUGUGACCAAAGUGGAAGUGAAGGCUGCUUCGGUGGUGUGUGCCGCUGCAAGAUGAACGUCGAAGGCCCGUCAUGCUCCAGCUGUAAAUCAGGAACAUUCAACCUCAGCCCGCAAAACAAAGAUGGUUGCCUGUCCUGUUUCUGUAUGGGCGUCACUCAACAGUGCUUCAGCUCCAACUACUACAGAGACCUGGUGUCAUCAGUCUUUUCUCCAGGCAACUUCCAGGGAUUCGCUCUGGUGAACCGUCAACGCACCAACCGCAUUUCUACUGGCUUCACUGUGGAGGUUUCCACUGACGGCACUCAGCUGUCUUACAGCAACUUCGACUACCUGGGACAGGAGCCUCACUAUUGGCAACUUCCUGGAAUCUAUCAGGGAGAUAAGGUGGGAUCGUACGGUGGCACACUCAAAUACACCAUCUCCUAUGUGGCCGGUCGGAGGGGAACAUUACUGGAUGAUGCUAACGUCCAGAUUAUUGGUAAUGACAUCACGCUGGUAGCUCAUCAGCCUUGGAAGAGGAGGCUACAGGGAACAAGGGAGACUCAGCAGUUUGAGAUCGUCUUCAGAGAGGAACACUGGAAUCGUCCUGAUGGUAUGCCUGCCACCAGAGAACACCUGAUGAUGGUACUGGCUGACCUGGAUGACAUUCUGAUCCGAGCAUCCUACUCAACUGAGAUGCGCUCCUCCAGUAUCUCUGAUAUCAACAUGGAGGUGGCAGUGCCCAACUACAGCGGCUUGGCACAGGCCCUUGAGGUGGAGCAGUGCCGCUGUCCACCUGGAUACCAAGGACUCUCCUGCCAGGACUGUGCACCAGGAUACACUCGCACCGGAGGAGGUUUAUACCUGGGUCACUGUGAGCUCUGUGAAUGCAACGGCCACUCUGACUCCUGCCACCCUGAAACUGGCAUCUGCACGAGCUGCCUGCAUAACACUCAGGGUGAGCUGUGUGAACAAUGCGCCCCCGGUUUCUUUGGCGACCCCACUGUUGGAACCCCAGAGGACUGCCAGCCCUGUGCCUGCCCUCACACUGACCCGGAUAACCAGUUCUCUCCUACUUGUGAGAGUCUUGGAAAUGGAGGUUACCAGUGCACUGCCUGUCAGCCCGGGUACACUGGCCAGUACUGUGAACGAUGCGCUCCUGGUUAUGUUGGCAACCCUCAGGAGAGAGAGAAGUGUCGGCCAUACGACGCUGCAGCCUCCUUGGUGGUGAAGGUUUAUCCAGAGCGGGUCCUGGCCUCUCCCGGUGGAUCUGUCACUCUGAGGUGUCAGGUGUCUGGCCCUCCGCCACACUACUUCUACUGGUCCAGAGAGGAUGGACGGCCCAUCUCCAGCACUGCUGACAGACAGAGAGGAGGUGCAGAGUUGUACUUCCCCAAAGUCCAGCCGAGCGACGCCGGUGUCUACGUUUGUACCUGCAGAGACCAACGAAGCACCAACAGGAGCCGAGCAGAAAUUGUUGUCACAAGUGUCUCAAGUAAGCCCAUUGAGGUGACAGUUGAGGAGCCCAAAGCCCAGACUGUGAGGGUUGGAUCUACUGUCAGCUUCAUCUGCACUGCAAAGAGCAAGUCUCCAGCCUACACCCUGGUGUGGACCCGGAAAGGUAACGGGAAGCUUCCUAACCGGGCCAUGGACUUCAACGGCAUCCUGAGAAUUCAGAACGUCCAGCCCGAGGAUGCGGGCGUCUACGUGUGCACAGGUUCCAACAUGUUUGCCAUGGACGAGGGCAAUGCCAUCCUCUACGUGCCAGAGGCCUCACAGACUCAGAUGUUUUACACAGCCUAUGAAAUGUUUGAAGGACACAGAAAGCCGGCAGAAGGGGCUCAACCUGUGGCUACCGUCAGUCCCUCGGUGCUGAAUGUCCAGCAGGGACAACGGGCCGAGUUCCGCUGCACUGUAACCGGAAACCCAACGCCUGCUGUUGAAUGGAUAGGGGGUCCAGGAAGCAGGAUGAGUCCUAGAGCUGUUGUCCAAGGUGGUGUCCUGACCUUCACCUCAGUGGACCAGGCUGAUGAGGGCGAUUACACCUGCAAGGCCCUGAACACACACGGCGAACACACAGCAAGAGUGUCCCUCUUUGUCCAAAAGUCUAAUCCAAGUGGUCUAGGCACGCAGCCCCAAGUUCAAGUCAGUCCCCAAAACGUUGAAGUCCAUGAAGGUGACACAUUGAGGUUGUAUUGCAGAGCGUCAGGAUCACCUACUCCGAGGCUCACCUGGCUGAAGAAUGGAGGACAAGUCCCUCCACAGGCCAUUCCCUCUCAUGGUUUCCAUCAGUUUAAAAGCAACAGUCUCGAUGUGUUACAGAGACGUAUUGAGGAGCUGCAGGCUCGUAUGGACCGCACCGACAUCGGUACUCUGCUAAUUCCAAACAUCAAGAUUUCUGACUCGGGCACUUACAUGUGCGUUGGUAGCAACAGUAUUGGAUCGAACAGUGCUCCGAUCAAAGUCACUGUGCUUAAAGCGGACCAUGUAUUAUCAGCUGUCACCAUCCAACCAUCUAUAGCAGAUGUCCAGGAGGGCCAGAAUCUGGAGCUUAACUGCUUUGCCCCUGGAAGUCCUCCACCCCAGGUCACGUGGACUAGAGCCAGUGGACGCCUCUCCUCCAAUCACCAGGUUUUGGGAAACCAACUGCGGAUCUUGUCAGCGACUCCUGAGGACUCUGGGGAGUAUAUUUGUCAGGUGCAGAGUUACCCCGGAAACCCAGGCCCUCAAAUCCGCCAGGCCUCUGUCUCUGUAUCCGUCACCUCAUCUUCUUCACGUCUUCAGAGUCCAAUCAUUGGAACUGAACCCCACACCGCUGCAGUAAGAGUGGGAGAGUCUGUCAGCUUCAGGUGUAAGGUGUACAGUGGAGCUGAGCCCGUCAGACUGGAGUGGAAAGCAGCCAACAACCAGCCCAUGGCAGAUAACAUCAAAGUUAGCCCAGAUGGUUCUGUUAUUACCAUAACUAAUGUUCGCCCCAACAACCAUGGUGCCUAUCGCUGUGUAGCCAGCAACCCAUUCGGCAUCACUCAAACCAUGGUGUCUUUGAUUGUCAGAGAGACCAUUGUGGCCACUGUCACCCCUGCUGGGCCAGUGCGGGUCCGGGUGGGUGAACCGAUCAACCUGGAAUGCCAAGCAUCAGGAGACUCCCGCCUUUCAGUGUCAUGGCACAGACUAGACAGUAACCGUAAGACGAUGCUGAGCAGCCCCGUGCCCAUGGAGUCCAAUGCAGUCAUGCAGAUUCUUGUGGCACGUCCAGAAGACAGUGGCACUUAUGUGUGUGUGGCUCGGAAUAACAAAGGCACCACUGAGACGAGGGUGGAGGUAUUUGUAGAGGGCGGCCCUCAGUUGCCCACAGUACCCAGAGCCUCUGUUACUGAGCCGCUGAUGGUUGCAGUGGAAGGACAGACUACCACGCUGCACUGUGACGCUUACGGUUUCCCACCUCCUACAAUUACUUGGUCCAAGCUGCGGUCUCCUCUGCCUUGGAGACACAAGAUUGUAAACAACACCCUGGUUCUUCCUGGUGUCGGACGCCAAGACUCUGGAGAAUACAUCUGCAGUGCCUCCAACAACAUGGGCACCACUGAUGUCACCAUUAUGCUAGAUGUAGAAACUCCUCCUUAUGCCACCUCCGUACCUGAUGAUGUGGCGGUGCGGGUUGGGGAGGUGAUCAGGUUGCAGUGCUUGGCUCAUGGUACUCCUCCCCUGACCUACACUUGGACGAAGGUGGGUGGAAACCUGCCACCGAGGGCUCAGAUUAGCGGAGGAGAUCUCCAAAUCAACCUGGCUACAGCUGAGGAUGCUGGGAGCUACAAAUGUGUGGCCAACAACAAAGUGGGCAACAGUGAAGUAGUCGCCAGAGUCACAGUCAGAUCUCCCUUGGCAGUGCGUGUAUCACCUCAGGUGGAGGUGAAGGCUCAGGGCAGCGCUGUGGAGUUCACCUGUUCUGCUGCAGGUGGUGUCGAAACUAAAAUUGAGUGGCUGAAGGAGGGAGGUGCCCUUCCUCCAAACCAUCAUGUCAAGGACGGAGUGCUCAGGAUUGAGAACCUUGAGCAGAGUAAUGAAGGCGUCUACAUCUGCAGAGCCAGCAGUGUGUAUGGUCAGGCCCAGGACACUGCCAGGCUAACCAUCCAAGCCCUGCCAAAGGUGAUGAUUAACGUGCGUACCUCAGUACAGACUGUUAUGAUUGGGAACUCUGUGGAGUUUGAAUGCCAGGCUGUUGGCGAUCCCGAGCCCACGGUGAAGUGGAGUAAAGUCGGUGGGACUCUGCCCGCUCACAUCAUGGUGAAGGGUGGAAUGCUGAAGAUUGAUCAGGUGACAGAGGCUGAUGCCGGACAGUACCGCUGCACGGCCACCAACGACGUAGGCUCAGUCCAGUCCCAGGUGGUCUUAAACGUUCAGUCUCUUCCUCAAAUUGCUGCACUGCCUGAAACUAAAGAGGUGACAGUCGGAUCUGAUGCAGUCCUGCCUUGUGUAGCAUCAGGAUACCCUGUUCCUGAGAUUAAGUGGUCCAAGCUGGACGGAGAGCUUCCACCAAAGUGUUUCCAGGAAUCCCACGUGCUGACAGUUCCUCGUGUCACCCAUGACGAUUCUGGGACAUAUGUGUGCACCGCCUCCAACAAACAGGGCAAAGUGGAAGCUUUUACUUCACUUGAAGUUCAUGAGAGAGUGAUGCCAUAUUUUGCCCAGGAACCCUUGUCUUACCUCACCCUACCCACCAUCAAAAACGCCUACAAAUCUUUCAGCAUCAAGAUCAACUUCAGACCUGAUAAUGUCGAUGGUCUCAUAUUGUACGCUGGUAUGAUCCUGUACAACGGCCAGAGGAGGACCACAGGAGCGGACUUUAUCUCCCUAGGACUCGUGGGCAGUCGACUGGAGUUCAGGUUUGACGUAGGCUCUGGCAUGGCCACCAUACGUGACCCCAACCCUCUCAAACUGGGAGAGUUCCACACAGUUGAGCUGUAUCGUAACCACACACUGGGCUAUAUCAUCGUAGACGGAGGGGAGCCCAUCAACGGCAGCUCACAGGGCAAGUUCCAGGGUCUGGAUCUGAAUGAAGAGCUACAUGUGGGUGGUUACCCCAACUACACAGUCCUCGCCAAAACUGCUGGCAUCAAGACUGGUUUUGUUGGCUGCAUCCGUCAGCUCAUCAUCCAGGGUGAGGAAGUCAUCUUCAAAGAUCUUGACCGCAGCUCUACCGGAGUCACAAACUGUCCCACCUGCAAAGAUCACCCAUGUCAGAAUGGAGGCAGGUGUGAGGAUUCUGACGCCAGCUUGUAUAAAUGCAGCUGCCCCAAAGGAUUCACCGGGAGUAACUGCCAGCACCACUCAUCCCUCCACUGUCACUCAGAGGCCUGUGGACCAGAUGCCACUUGUAUCAACCGCCCGAACGGCCUGGGCUACGACUGCCGCUGCCAUCUGGGCAAGUUUGGAAACAAGUGCAUGGAAGGAGAGUUGGUGACCACUCCACUGUUCGAUGGGGAGGAGUCAUACAUCGCCUAUCCCCCUCUGACCAACAUCCACGACGAUCUGCGCGUCGAGCUUGAGUUUAAGCCACAGGAGAGGGACGGCGUCAUGUUCUUCUGUGGAGGGAAGAAAAUGAAGGUGGAGGACUUUGUAGCUAUCUCCAUGGUGGACGGACAUGUGGAGUUCAGAUAUGAGCUUGGCACAGGCCAGGCGAUCCUCAUGAGUCCUGAGCCUGUAUCUCUUGGCCAGUGGCACAGAGUAGUAGCCGAGCGUAACAAGAGGGCCGGUCACCUGAGGGUCGACCAAGGACCCGUGGAGAGGAAGACAUCUCCAGGGAAAGCCCAGGGCCUCAAUAUCCACACUCCCAUGUACCUCGGAGGAGUCCCCAACAUGGACAUUUUACCUAAACCAGCCAAUGUCAGCGAAAUGUUUGAAGGAUGCAUAGGAGAGGUGUUAAUCAACAACAAGAAGGUCGAUCUCUCCUACAGCUUCACAGAAAGCAGAGCUAUCAGCAAAUGUGUGGACAACAGUCCAUGUGACCGCCGGCCCUGCCUGAACGGUGGUCACUGCAUGUCCAAUGCAGAAUACGAGUACCAGUGUCUGUGCAAGGAUGGAUUUGAAGGUGAGCGCUGCGAGGUGGUAAAAGACGUGUGCCAAAGCGACCGUCAGUGCCAGAAUGGCGGCAGCUGCGUCAACGGGCAGUGUGUGUGCGCUCCAGGUCACACAGGUCUGACAUGUGAAGAGAGCCAGGUCUCCAGCUUCCCCGAGGCUCUCUGGAAUGUGGAAGGUAGCGGUGCAAAUGAUUCACCAUAUCAAUACGCCGCUUAUUUCAACGAUGACGGUUACAUCCCUCUUCCAAAAUCCAUCUUCCCAAGAAGUGCUCACGAUUCUCCAGAAACCAUUGAACUUGAGAUCAACACCAGCUCCUCUGACGGUCUGAUCCUGUGGCAGGGUGUGGAGACCAUUGGCGCACGCAAUUUGCGAAAGGUGCAUGCUAGUAAAAAGGAACUGGGAGAACACGGCAAAGGCAAAGACUUCAUUAGCCUCAGUCUACAGAAUGGACACCUCGUUUUCAGCUACCAGCUGGGCAGUGGGGAGUCACACAUCAUGUCCCAGAGGUCCAUUAAUGAUGGGAAAUGGCAUAAGAUCACAGCAGUCAGAACUGGGAAAGAUGGAUACAUCCAGAUUGAUGGAGAACCUACGCUUCAUGGACAAUCAAAAGGCAAAAGCCUGAUGGUCAACACCAAAGGCAGUAUAUACUUAGGCGGAGCUCCAAACAUGUUGACGAUGACAGGAGGGAAGUUUUCCAACGGGAUGACAGGCUGCGUGAGGAACCUGACACUGAUGAACGCCCGGCCAGGACAGCAGCCCGCCCAGGCCAUCGACCUGCAAGCCCACGCAGCCUCCGGCAUCAACGUGCAGCCGUGCUCUUCAUAAUAGAAUCUGCAGCACACACACGCACACACGUACACAAACACCUGCACACACACACACACAGAGACUAUGGAGUGAUGUCAUACAACACACAACACACUCACACAGAGCGUCUGACACAAACUUGGUGCUUUGCUGCUACCAAAAAAAAAAAAGAAAAAGAAAAAAAAGAAAAACAACACAACAGGAUAUGUUUCUCUGUGUGCAGUAAAAACCAAAAAAGAGAGAGAAAAUUGAAACAAUAUUAACUAGUCUUCUCUUCCUCAGUGUUGUAUUCUCAAUGAAGGACUAUUAACACAGGAGAACCAGUUCAGUUUACAUACUUCCAGCAGUAGUUUUAGCCAUGAGAAGAGUAAGAGUAAAGCAUAUUAGGCCUUCUACGAUGGGUCAGAUCCUAUGGAGUUGGAGAUGUUUUUACAGCACUGAAUUUUUAUUUAUAUACAUAUAAAUAUAUAUAUUAUAUUUGUGGGGGAAAACAUGCAAACUAACCAUAACUGCUCUUCAACUUUCCUAGAGUUUAUUCUGGGUUCUAAUACUGUGUGUCCAGGGCUUUUUUAUAGGCCUAACUGUAUUAAUACUUGAAGACGUUUAGGCCUUCUUUCUUCACUUCUGUAGAGGAACCUUUUUUUUUUUUUUUUUUUUUUUUUUUUUUGCACGAGCAUGCUUACAUACUGUUGGGGGAAGAGCGCACACGGUCACGGUCACACGCACGCUUCAGUACACAACUCAGGUCGUCAAGUAAGUACAAAAUAGAUAACGACAACUGUUACAAGUACUGCGUCUUUUUCUUUGCUCAUUCACAGACUGUUGUGUCUUCUUUGUCUGUAUUUGUUUUUUUUUCCUAAAAGAAGAAAGAAACCUUGGUGCUAACUUAAGACAUGAAGAUACAACAAAUAUUUCAAUAUUUCAUCCAUGUUCGUCACCUCGUGGUGUUCUUUUAAAGGUUGUCGAGGGCUUCACUAGUCGUUUGGUUGCGUAAAUUAGGUAUGCAUCCCUGUAAAAUAAGAUACAAUAGGUUAUAUUUGUUGACAUGCAUGGCGUUUGAGGUUCAUAUUCUAAUAAUACGAUGUGUGUUUUUUUGUUUUUUUUUUGUUGUUGUUGCCUCCACAACCUUAUUUGAUUGAGUAGAUCUCAAAUACUGAGUUUCUAAGAAGUGAAAAGGGUUGAUUUUUUUUUUUAUUGUGUGGUUGUUAAAGAUGUUUCAUGUGUACAACUAUCUGCCAGUCAGGUAGAUACCAGUGUGAGGAGAAUGUAUGAAUGUUAAGUAGGCCCUACAUGCAUUAGUUUUUUGUUGGGUUUUUUUCAUGUUUGUCACAGCCCCAUUUCUCACAGGUCACUCAGUAUGAACUCUGGUGUAUAUUUGUAUGUGUGUGCGCAUGUGUGUGUGUGUGUGUGUGUCAAAUCAUCCAUAUCCUCAGGAGGAUCAACCCAGAACUGCCUCACGAUGUUACUUAAUUUUCAGGUUUGUAGCUUUAGUGACAAAUCGGUAAGCUAUAAAACUCUAAAGGCCCUGUGGUUCUGUAGGUUGUUUUCUCUGUAAAAGGAAAAAUCCAUCUGCAGCUACAAAGCAGUUAGGAUACAGUUUGUGUUCGGUCGUGUGGGAACGCAACUGAAGCCUCCAAUGCGGGUGCUGUGACCAGUGGCGUCGCUCUGAACAAAUAAAAGCAUGCUCGCUCGCUGAUAUCACCACAAAAAAAAAAAAAUCCAAAUGGCACGAUCACUUUGGGGUUCACCGACCUUUUUCUCAUUUUUUGUAAGCUUAUAUUAUUUGUUUUAAUAUUCUAAAAAAAAACAAAAAACUGAGCACUAUCCUUUCACUUAGAGUUGCUUCAUUUUUAUUUAUUUUAUGUUUUCUUUCUCUUUUUUUCACUUCUUUCGUUUUAAAAGCUCGAUUCUGCUGUUUUAGAGCGAUCACAGAAGCUUGCUAUUUUCUUUCCUCUGGUUAUUGUGUAUUGCCUCCCACAUCCCCUUGUAUUCCCCUUAUGUUUGAGUUUAAGAUACAACCCCUGAAAAUGCCCUCCCCCCCUCCUCAACAUUGUGCAAAUCACAAUCAUACACACUUUGAGACGUUAAUAUCUGAUACCGGACUGGAACUGCCUGGUCUAAUGGUUUGGAAACUGGUCUUAUUCACUUGAUUUAUUAAAAAAAAAAAAAAAGUCUUAGGCUCCAAAUGUAAUAAAUUGAUUAUUUAUCUGGAAGGUGUCAUCAUGUUUGUGCAAAUGUGAACAUGUGGAAUGAAAAGAGCUGAUGUUGCGGUCGAGGUUUGGAACAUUAACGUAGAGCCAGAUGAUGGGCGCCACAUUUUCUAUCUGGUCUUAAACUGGAUUUUCAUACAUACACUGUACACCGUCUCCCAAUGCGUAACUGUAAAGAAAAAAAAAAAAAUUAAAAAAAUCUGCCACUGCUCUUUGGUUGUUUUCAAGCCAUCGCAGAGUACAGCAUCAACUGUAUAUGAAAGGUGCACUUUUAUGAUGGAAAAUUAGAUUUUGACAUUUUUUUAAUAUUUUCUUAUGUUUCCCUUCUGAAUGGCCGAAAAAGUUCAGUAAAUGAAAGUGUACCAGAUGAAAUAUUGUCAAUUUCAGGGCAACCUGACUGUUCCAUUUCCCUGCCCUUGGUGUUUCUUAAUUAAAAACAAAAUUCAUGUGCUA